AUGGCGACUGAUCCGAAGAUUCUGGAACUUCUCGAACUACAAAGCAAACUUUUGCAAUCAAUUAUCGAGGAAAAGGAUGAACGCCGAGGUCAGGAAUUCACAAUGGAUACAUUGGCAAACAACAUUCAAGAAUUUGUCUAUGAUCCUGCAAAUGGAUUGACUUUUGAAUCUUGGUACAACCGUUUCGAAGACGUUUUCAUUGUCGAUGGGGCGUCUCUUGAUGAUGCAGCAAAGGUUCGUCUUCUCAUGAGAAAAAUGAACUCAAUCGCUCAUGAGAAAUAUGCCAACUUGAUUUUACCAAAAAAAGUCAAGGAUAUAAGUUUUGAGGAGACAAUAAAAAAACUCAAAGGUAUGUUUGGUCGUAAAGGUACUCUAUUCAAUGUUCGUUUCAGCUGUCUUCAAACAAUCAAACGAAAGACAGACGAUUUGGUUACCUACGCAUCAUUGGUGAACAAAAAUUGCGAAGAAUUCAAAUUGAGUGACCUUUCCAUCGAUCAAUUCAAAUGUCUGUUAUUUGUGACUGGACUACAAGCCCCAGAAGAUUCGGAAAUACGAACAAGAUUAUUAGCGUCGCUUGAAGAUGAAGAAAAAGCAAAAACCAUCACACUCGACAAAUUAAUUUCUGAAGCUCAUCGAUACAUCAAUCUCAAAAAAGAUACUGCAAUGAUUGAACAUACACCACAGCCAUCUUCAAUUGUCAAUGCAGUUUCAUCAAGUCAAAAAUUCAAUCAACACGAGCGCAAUGGGUCAUUCCAACAAAGAUCUGAUACAACCAAGACACCAAGAACACCUUGUUGGCAAUGUGGAGCUAUGCACUUCUCUCGGGACUGUACAUAUUCACAACACAAAUGUUCUCAAUGCAAAAAGAUAGGACACAAAGAGGGUUACUGCUCCUGUUACAACAAAUCAAAUUCAUCAUCAAAUCAAGAAGAUAGCAAUGCAAUUCAAACAACUGUGAAUUGUAUUGAACAUUCAAGCAAGCGAAAAUUCAUCACAGUUCAGAUCAGUGACGUACAUAAUGCUAAACACAUUAAAGACACACCUAUUAAGCUUCAAAUAGACACAGCAUCCGACAUCAGCAUCAUAAGUCAAUCAGUGUGGAAUAAGUUAGGCAGACCAGGGUCACGUCUAAGUGAAAAAGCAAAAAGUGCAACCAGUCAUAACAUCAAACUAAUUGCUAAUUUCACCUGCAGCAUUCGUCUCCGUUCUGGAGAGGUAAGUCAGGGAAAGUUUUUCGUAACUGACAUAAACCUGAACUUAUUCGGGAUUGACUUAUGUCACAGUUUCAAUCUUUGGGAUAAACCUCUUAGCAAUGUAUGUUGUCAAAUCAGUCACACUCCACACAAUCGUGAUGCAGCCAUUGCAAGUAUUCGUCAAGAAUACAAGGGUUUAUUCAGCGAUGAACCAGCAUGCGUUAAGGUCGACGUUCAACUUCACCUCAAACCAGGAGCUAUUCCUGUAUUCAGAGCAAAGAGACCAGUGGCAUAUUCUGUAAUACCAUUAAUUGAAAAAGAACUGAAACGCCUGGAAGAUCUUGGUAUCAUAACCCCAGUAGACUUUUCCGAAUGGGCGGCACCAAUUGUAGCAGUAAGAAAACAGAAUGGUAACAUCAGAAUUUGUGGAGAUUAUUCUUCAGGCCUCAACGAUGCUCUAGAACCACAUCAGUAUCCACUUCCAAUUCCUGAUGACAUAUUCGCAACACUCAGCAACAAGAAUAUUUUCAGUCAUAUCGAUCUAACUGACGCUUAUUUCCAGAUACCAGUUUCUACUGAGUCACGAAAAUUUCUGACUAUCAACACUCACAAAGGUUUGUACAAUGUCAAUCGCUUAGCACCCGGAGUGAAGUCAGCACCAGGAGCGUUCCAGCAACUUAUGGAUACUCUACUGGCAGGGUUGAAAGGUGUUGCAGCUUACUUGGAUGAUAUAAUCAUAAGUGGCUCCUCCUGGGAAGAACAUCUCCAAAGUCUUCACGAGGUACUGAAGCGCCUUUUUGAUUAUGGAUUUCGAGUAAAAAUUCAAAAAUGUUCAUUUUUCGCAUCACAAAUCAAGUACCUUGGACAUAUAAUUGACAAGAAUGGAUUACAACCAGAUCAAGCGAAAAUCAAUAAAAUUCAGAACAUGCCAGCACCGCAGAAUUUAACGCAACUUCGAUCGUUCCUUGGAGCUGUCAACUACUAUGGUAAGUUUGUCAAGGAAAUGCGUCAAAUCCGUUCGCCUUUAGAUAAGCUUUUACAAGCCGAAGUAGAAUUCAAAUGGUCCAAGUCAUGCCAGCAAUCAUUUGACAAAUUCAAGGAAAUACUUUCAUCAGACUUACUUCUUACCCAUUACAACCCAGAGUUGCCAAUUAAAGUCGCAGCUGAUGCCUCAGGUGAAGGCAUAGGAGCAUUUAUUGCCCACAUUUUCCCAGAUGGAACAGAAAAAGUAGUAAUGCAUGCAGCAAGAGCUUUGACUCCAUCUGAAAAGAAGUACAGUCAAAUCGAAAAAGAAGCUCUAGGUCUCAUUUUUGCAGUGACCAAGUUCCAUAGAAUGAUUUAUGGACGCAGAUUUAGUUUGCAUACCGAUCAUAAACCUCUUUUGGCAAUUUUUGGAAGUAAGAAAGGUAUACCCGUUUAUACCGCAAAUAGACUACAGAGAUGGGCUCUAACACUGAUGAUGUACGAUUUUAAAAUUCUUUACGUAUCAACAAAAGAAUUUGGGUGUGUAGAUGUCCUAUCCCGUCUUAUCGAGUCCCAGUCAAAACCUGAUGAAGAAUAUGUAGUCGCAUGUACAGUUUUUGAAAACGAAAUAUCACAAAAUUUGAAUGAACAAUUACAAAACUUGCCAUUAACAUACAAAAUGAUUCAGAAAGCAACCUCAAAACAUAAAGUUCUCCAGACAGUCAUCAACUUCAUGAGAUCUAAAUGGCCAGACAAGAAAUCAAUUUCAGCACAGGUUAAACCAUAUUUCGACCGAAGAGAUGCACUUUCAGUAGUAGACGAUUGUCUACUUUUCAUUGACAGAAUUAUAAUCCCAUCAUGUUUCCAUAAACGUGUUUUGAAACAGCUUCAUCGUGGCCAUCCAGGAAUCGAAAGGAUGAAAUCAAUCGCCAGAAGUUACGUGUAUUGGCCCAACAUUGAUGAUGACAUUACAGGAUAUGUCCGACAAUGUCAAAGUUGUGCAACUGCUGCAAAAUCGCCGAUCAAGACAACUUUAUCAUCAUGGCCAAGACCCUUAGCACCAAUGGAACGCAUACACAUAGACAUAGCAGGUCCAUGCGAUGACAAAUACUAUUUUAUCAUAGUAGAUGCAUUCUCUAAAUGGCCUGAAAUUUUCCAAGUUCGAAGCAUUUCAUCAUCAACAAUCAUACAAAAGCUCAAUAAAAUGUUUUCCCAAUUUGGAGAUUGUCAACAAAUUGUGUCUGACAAUGGAACACAGUUUACGAGCUCAGAAUUUCAAAAGUUUCUUCAAUCAAGAGGUAUUCAGCAUACGCGUACAGCUCCAUACCAUCCACAAUCAAAUGGACAAGCAGAGCGUUUUGUUGAUACUUUAAAAAGAGCCUUGAAAAAGCUUCAUCACGAAGGGACGAGUGAAGAGAACCUGGAAACAUUUCUUCAAACAUAUAGAUCAACUCCAAACAAAGUUAUAAACAAUAAAUCACCGGCAGAACUGUUUCUUGGUAGGAAGAUAAAAACUGCUUUAGAUCUGAUGACGCAUAAACAUCAAGAUUAUUUAUCAACCGUACCAAACAAACAAAAUCAAUACUUCAAUUCCAAACAUGGCUGUAAGAAACGAGAGUAUAGUCCAGGCGAUCUUGUAUAUGCUAAGUUCUACAAAAGAAAUAAGAAUCAUUGGAUUCCUGGGACAAUCAUUGAAAGAAUAGGUAAUGUCAAUUAUAACGUAUUAACAGAAUUUCCAAAUCGUUCCAGACUGAUCCGUUCACACGCAAACCAGCUAAAAACUCGCUAUGCUCCUGAUUCUCCUGAUAACACCAAUUCUAUCAAAAAGAAGUUUUCAAACAACUUAAAUGACAUUCUUUAUGAAUUAAAUAUGAUACCAUCUGUGUCAAAUGACGUAAAUCCACCUUCCGUUGAAGAACUAGAAUCUAUACCAAUACCUAUUGAGCCUAAUGAAAUAAUAGAAGAAUCUUCACAACAACAAAAUCAACCAACUACAAGUUCCAGUCCAAUUGCUGAAUCUAGAGUUCCUAGAGUUCCAGAAAACGAAGUUAGACGAAGUGAAAGAGUCGUUCGUACUCCAGCCUGGUUUAAAGAUUUUAACAUAUUUUAAAUAAAAG